AUGAAAUCCCUGGCGGCGUUUUGUUCCGUUUCCACUGCAGGGUUCCCGUUUAUUCUCAAGCACCCUCUCUGUGUUUCUGCUCUGCAGCACCGCAGGCUGAUUAAGGAACACUUUCCAAGCCACAGGGCUCCCCCUUUGUUAGUCUCCUACACUCUUUCAUUGCUUGUAUUAUCCCCUCAUUUCACUCCAUUUUCGGUCUAAUUUCAAAUUUCUUGAGCUCUCUAAAAUUCUGUAGCCUUCUCCACUCAGUGUUUUCUAGCCUUAUUUUUUUUUUAUUCACCUUACUUUUAUUAUCUCUGCACAAACUAGUAUUUUCUUUUUUUCUUUAGUCUACUUUUCCUGGAUUUUUGCUAAUAGCCUUGAUCUGUAGCAGUCAAACUCAUUACAGUCUAGGUACUCUUCAUCUUUUUCAGUUUUUCAUUCUGUUUCUUAUGUCAAAGGAAGAAAUGUAUGUGAAAGCCUUUUACAAACCAGAAAGCACGAUACACUCGUAUAACUUAUUGAGAUUAACAAAGGGCCACUGUGCCUCUUUUCACGCUUUCUGCUCCUUCUGAGCCAAAAGAACUUCUCCAUAGAGGAGGGGAAUAUUGAAGAAACAUAAAGCAAUGGAGUUGUCUCUUAGCAACCGGGUCUGCCUUAUAAAUCUUACUUUAGAUUACUGCUGCUCAAAAUCACUUGCUUUUCUUACUGGCUUAGUGCAAAUAAUGUUAUUAAAUUAUCGGAAGAGAAAGGAAAAAAUAUACUGAAUGAGUCGCUUAGUUCAUCAACUCCGCUCUAUCUUUGCAUAACGCUGUUGAUAUAGUUGGGUUGUCUCUUUCUCUUGGUUCAAAUUGAAAAAGUUUAUAAAUAUAUCUUUUGUUGUUACUUAAGUUGUAAAGUAAGUAGAAACUAAAUACCACCUUAUACAUUUCUAGGUUACCUGACUCCUGAAACAAUAUGGGUCGUAUAGGUAGUAUAUAACAGACACUGCGUAUAAAUUAGGUUGUACAUUUAAAGAAAAGCGGGUAUACAAAACUCAAACCAGAUUGUGGUAUGAUUAUUUGCAUUAUAAAAAUAACUCGUGAGUAUUCUUCAGAUAUCUUUUAGUGCCUCCUGUGCUAGACAAUGGGAGAGAUAUUCUCUUCGUGUGUGUGUGUGUGUGUGUGUGUGUGUGUGUGUGUGUGUGUGUAAAUAGUCCUUGGCUUCCCCAGUAAUAAGGUAGAUAAGACUUGCAACAAAUAAGGCAGUGAACUGAUAAAUGCCUGUGAGUGGAAAGCCAAGCGCGGAGGAUGGAAAGGUCCCUCCCAGCCUGGUGAGCUGUUACGAUUACAUGGACAAGGUGACAUGUUCAAGAAUCCAAGACUAACAGAGAUUUUGUCAAGUUUGGAAUUAAGACAAGAUUGAAGUGGUUGGCAAGAUAUUGGUGCCUUCAGCACUAGAACAAGGAGUUUAAAUUUUAGCCAGUAACAGUAUGACUAAAUACAUUGAGAAGCUAGAAGAGAUCAAAAAAAAUUACAGAUACAAAAAAGAUGAGCUUUUCAAGAGACUAAAAGUUACCACCUUUGCCCAGCUGGUCAUCCAGGUUGCUUCCUUGUCAGAUCAAACACUGGAAGUGACAGCUGAGGAGAUUCAAAGACUGGAAGACAAUGAUUCUGCGACUUCAGACCCUGAUGCCGAAGUCACUGCCAGGACCAAUGGGAAGGGGAGCCCCGAUGAGCCGCCGCCGAGCCCUGUCCAGUUCAUAAAUAGCGUGGGAGCGGGGGACUCCAGUCGCUCGACACUCCAGAGCGUCAUCAGUGGUGUUGGAGAACUGGACCUAGACAAAGGGCUGGCGAAGAAAGCAGAGCCCAGCAGCCGAGACACGCCGUACCCCGACUGCCCCUUCCUGCUGCUGGAUGUGCGCGACAGAGACUCGUACCGGCAGUGCCACGUCGUCGGAGCUUACAGUUACCCAAUUGCAACUCUGUCUAGAACAAUGAACCCUUAUUCAAAUGAUAUUCUUGAAUAUAAAAAUGCUCACGGCAAGAUCAUCAUUCUGUAUGACGACGAUGAGAGGCUGGCCAGCCAGGCGGCCACCACCAUGUGCGAGCGGGGAUUUGAAAACCUCUUCAUGCUUUCCGGAGGUCUCAAAGUCUUAGCUCAGAAAUUCCCAGAAGGACUGAUUACGGGUUCCCUGCCUGCAUCUUGCCAGCAAGCCCUUCCUCCUGGUUCUGCCCGGAAACGACCCGGCCCCAAAGUGCCACCCGCACCGGCUGAGAAUAAGUGGAGAUUUACCCCAGAAGACCUAAAACAGAUAGAAUAUUACCUGGAAGAGGAGCAGGGUCCGACAGACAACCUCAGCCGGCUGAGCCACGCUAAUGCCUCGGCAAGAGACUCCAAGGUCCCCGGCAGCCGCAGCGCUCAGAACCUGCCCAGCGGGGGCCCUGCCAGCCACGCGAACCCCCGCUCUCAAGGCAGCGGCCACCUGCAAGGCAAACCCUGGAAGUAAAGACUCUGUCUGUCCCACUCAAAUAAAUGUUUUCUCUGCUUGCGGACCCCUGAGCAGUUCCCCAGCUGGUCCUUUUCAGACCAGGACACGCGUGAUAGGCCCCUGCCCUCUUCCUCUCCAGCUCCAGAGGGUUUGUACACGACCCAGAGGCAGCACAGGCUCGUGUCCACCCGUCAUCCACACCAUAUUCACGUCUCUGGAACUGAGUAGGAAGAAAGGGUCUCUGGGGG